AAUUUUCGUGUGGGGUGGGCGUAACGGUAAUAACAGUCAAGUUAAUAAUGUUAAUAAUACAAUGUAUGUAUUUGAAGCGGAUAAAUGGAAAAGCUAUGAUUUUGAUAAUGCACCAAAUCCAAGAGCAUCUUAUUCGGCUACAUUAUUGGAUGAUCGAAUCAUUUAUAUUGGCGGAAUUAGUAAAAAUCCAUAUCCGGAUGUUAAUUUUUUAGAGUUAUUAAUAUUUGAUACUAAAAAACUUGAAUGGGAUAUACAACCAUCCACAAGUGACAAGCAGAUAAGAAAUCGAGCUUUCCAUUCAGCAUUGCUUUGCUCGGAUUCCAUUUCUAUUAUUAUGUAUGGAGGUAUUUACGAGCCUGUCGAAGCUCAAAUUCCCAAUUCUGACUCGGUGUGGAUAUUGAAUACCAAAACUUGGACGUGGUCCCAGCAAUCA